AUGAAGAGUGAGGCCCUGCACUCGUCUAACCAGGGUAGUAUACCCAAGAAGCAGGUUGUUCCUGAGCCUACCCUUAGGCACGCCAAGGGUUGUACCUACAAAUAUUUUGUUUCCUGUAAGCCAAGAGACUUUACAGGAGAGAAAUGGGCAAUAGACUGUAUGAAGUGGUUAGAUGAGAUGGAAACGGUGAUAGAUAUUAGCGGUUGCGCUAAAGAGGACGUGGUUAUGUUUGUCUCCCAAUCUUUUAAGGGCGAUGUCCUUACAUGGUGGAAAGCACUUGUACAAUCCACCGGGAAGGUUCAUCUGUAUAAUCUGUCAUGGGAAAAGUUUGUUGAUCUGGUUAAGGACACUUAUUGUCCUCAGCACGAAGUAGAGCGCGUAGAGACUGAUUUUCUCACCCUCGUGAUGAAGGAUCUAGAUUGUAGAUCCUAUGUGACUAGUUUCAAUUCCAUGUCGAGGCUAGUACCGUAUCUAGUCACACCAGAGCCCAAGCGCAUUGCGCGUUUUAUUGGUGGUUUGGCCCCUGAAGUUAAGGGGAAUGUCAAGGCUUCAAAGCCAACCACCUACAGAUCCGUUGUGGAUCUAUCUUUAUCCCUCACUUUGGAUAUUGUGAGGAGUAGGGCGAAGAAGAAUUCUGAAGAGGGGAAGAGGAAGAGAGAGGAUGAUCAGUCCUCUCAGUCGAACAAGAAAGGAAAGGGGAACUCUGGUUCCAAGAAAGGGCAAACUGGUGAUAAGCCAAAGUGCAAGACUUGCCACAAGAGGCAUUUUGGCAAGUGCAACCGGGACCCAUAA